GGAUAUGAAAAUAACUUGAAAAAGAAUUUAUAUAAAAUGGCCACAACGCUGAGCAUUUCAUUAUUUCUGAAACAACUAUCCAAACACAUCCAAUCUAAAUCGUAAAAGUGGUCCGCCGUUUCUGAAAUCUCCUCCUCCUCUGUGGGCUAGUAACAAGACGAUAAAGUCAAAGCACCUCAGUUGCUAAGCAACAUUAAUAAACAAGAGAAAUCUUUCUUGGUUUGGGGAAAGAAGGCUCAGUAUGCAAACUGUUAUAUGUCCCUUUGAAAGGAUUAGUGAGUACUGUACGAGCUAUUUCUGCAACAUUUACAGGGAUAGCUUACAAAAACAAAGACCAAGGUUAGUUUGACCACUAAAAUGAAAUCCGUUCAAGCUUAACAUACUGAAAAAAAGCAGCAGCUAAAGUAUGUACGAUGCCCAAAAAAAAGGGAUCCACAGUGCCCAAAAAAAAGGGAUCCGGUGCGAGAAAGUUGAGUCUCAAGGCUGCCAAGAAAGCAAUAACUGUAACCCAAGAUGGAAAGCGUAGACUCGUACUCAACAAUAUGGGCUUCACCAUCUUCCCAAAGUGUCUCUUGAAGCUGCGCAAUUUGGAUGAGUUGGACCUCAGUCGGAACCAGAUCCAGAAGCUUCCUGAAGCCAUCGGAACCCUCAAGUCGCUAAGAAGGCUCGAUCUGCACAGCAACAAGCUGGAGUCUGUGCCCGAGUCCAUAGGCAGCCUGAUUGAACUUACGUACCUCAACCUGGCAAACAACCGCUUAACGUCUGCUGGUUUACCAUCCACACUGGGCUUCCUCUGCCAAUUGAAGACUCUCAACCUUGGACUGAACCAGCUAGAUGCAUUGCCUUCCACCUUGGAGCAUUUAACGCUUCUCCAAGAAUUAGCCCUGUUUGAUAACCAAUUCAUCAAAGUACCCGAGUUUCUGACAAAUCUUCGAAACCUUACUAAGGUGAAUUUGAUAAGAAAUCCGUGUAUGUUUGCCCACGCCGAAAGUGAGAGGAUAAGAAAGGAAAAGUUAGAGCACAAAGAGGAGCUGUAUCUGGUGCACGAAAGCUUCUUGUGCAAGAGAUGCCUUAAAAUAUGUAAAGCAGAGGCAGGAAAAAUUUUAAGAAAAGAGAGAAAAGGAGAGAAAAAAACUGAAAAGCUUGAAGUGUUAGAGGAGAAAAAGAAAAGAUUUUCAGGGUUGAUGACACCGAACUCGGUGGCUGCAGUCACCCAGGAUUUCUGGAGAUUAAAAAGCAAACGGUGAACUGAUCAACCAUCUGCUAAUUUAAAUUUGUCAUUAGAAACUCUGGAAGAGAGCCCAAAUUAAAAAAUAUUCUGAAAUA